AUGACGAUCCAGGAAAAGGCGUCCGAAUUCUUCGCCGGUCUGGCCGGUAAACAGACCCACUCCAAACUCGGCUUCAAGCUGCUCGCCUCUGAUCCGGUCCUCGACACCUUCCGCAACUUGGGCUUCAAGGUGGUCGAGUACGAUGUGCCUCCGUAUCCGCUCUGGACCGCCGGGAUCAUAGCAGUACGCAUGCUGUCCUUCAUUGUAGGAUCCGCCGUCAUCGCUUACUUUCUCUACCACAAGGUCGCCGUCAAGUCGCAGGUGGGCAAAUGGUUUUCCAUUCUCUCGCUCAUCGUCUCGCUCCUCGCUUGGCCGCUAGUCACGGGUCGUUCGGGCGUUAUGCUGCUCGACUUUUGGCGUCCUGCGCUCGGAUUCCGCUCGAGCUUGCUCGUCUGGGACAUCUUCCACAUUCGCACCGUUCAGGAGGUCAACUCAUGGUCGUUUGCUCGCUUCUUUGCCCAGCUCUGGACGUUCCCCAAGGAACUCGACGAACUUGCUGAACGCACUGCCGAGGAGGGGUACGAGCGCAACGCAAGGAUCGAGAAUCUCAAGGGAAUGCCCAAAGUGGCCGUCGAGUUUGUCGCCAUGUUUGCCACGCUCUACUUUAUCCCUCCCUAUGAGCUGACGCGCAACAUGAGCCAGCUGGCCUACCAUGGCUACUGCUACGCGCUCGGUCUCUGCAUUCUCAUGGCUCUUGCGCUCUUCGGCGAUGGUCUGCUCAAGCUCCUCGGCAUCCUCAUCGACGUCGAAAUGGCCGACAUGUUUGAAAACCCCUUGGGCACCACAAACAUCCGUCUCUUCUGGAGCCAUUGGAACCGCGCCAUCGCAAGCGUGCUCCACCGUGUCGUGUUUGGCGGUGGAAAGAGCAAGGUGACGCUUCGAAAGAAGAAGGCAGCUGCGCAGGCGGCUGCCGCCAAGAAGCGUUUCUCGCACAUGGACGGCUUGUCCGAGACCGAUGCCGGCCACACUUCGGGCGAAGACGAGCACGCCCACUCGAACGGCAACGGUGGACGCAAGCGCAACACGUCCGGUCUCAAGCCUCUGUCGUCCGUCAACGGUGACGCUGAAGUCCGACAGCGCAAGAAUGCCGCGACACCUACCAAGGCCAACGGUGGUGCCCCCAAGGCUGGAGGAGCUCCCGCCAAGAAAUCGUCGUUCCUGCCCAAGGCUGCCGCCGCCAUCAUCACUUUCGCCAUGAGCGGCAUCUUCCACGAACACAUCACCUACUUUACGCUCGGUUUUGCCAACGGCGAGAACUUUGUCUUCUUCCUGCUCAACGGACUUGCUACCGUGGCGUCGACGUGGUUCAAACGUAGCUACCCUGACCUCAACAGCAAGAUCCCCACGCUGGUUUCGGUCUUGUUGCUUCACUCCUUCUUCUUGGCCGCUAUUCCGCUCUUCUGCUCGCCCUUCAUCAGAUCGGGCUUCUUUGUGCAGCUCGAAGCGCUCAGGUAUGAGUUGAUGCCGAUCAGGGACAGGCCCCGUGGCAGCUUCGUGUAUCUGUUUGGACAGUAA